UUAUGACACUUAUAAGAAAAAAAAAGGAAGUAAAGUCCAAGCGCAUUUUAGCAGAAGCAGCAGGUCCACCAUUAAUGGCGAAACGAACCACCAAACUGAUCAGUUAAUCCAACCAAUCCCACCACUCUCACGCAACAACCUCACACACACCAACUUUCCAAUUCCACUUUUUCGAUUCCCACGAGGAAGAAAGAAUCUAGCAAAUCCAAAUUUGGGGUUUUUGUCCCAUUUUUUGGAUCGAUCUAUUUUGGGGUCACAAGCAACACUUAAGGUUAAAGUUGGAACCUUUUUGGUGUUAGAAAGAGAAAGAGAAACAAGGGCAAUGGUGGAAUGAAGAUAAAAGUGAAAACAAGAAGAAGAGAAGGGACAUGGCAAGAAGUGAGUGGGGGAUUCAACUUCAAUCUAGAGGAGGUGGAAAGUGGGUUUGUUCUUACAAGAAAAUCACUAUCUUAGUUUGUCUUUUCAACAUUGCCAUUGCUCUCUAUUGUCUUCGUUCUCUUUAUGCUUCUCUUUAUAUCUACUCUGGAAGUGUUGGAAGAAACAUUGUAGUGUAUAAACCGGAUCAGAUUCGGAAAAUGGAAGAGUCGGAUCGAAUUAGGAAAUCGUACAAACCGGUGGAGUUAAUGAAAUGGGUGAAGGAAUUAAAAGGGGAGUUUUCAAGCCAAAAUAAGGAGGUUGAGUUGCCUCAGCACUUGAAACAGAAGAUAAUUGAUGAGGUUUUGCAGAGACUAGUGAGUUUGACUAGCAGAAGCACUAAUGAAUCUCACUCCCAGGUCAUUGCUAAGGAGCGAGAAGCGAUUGAAAAAUGGCGCCAACAAAAAUUGGAAGAAGUUAAAUUGGUUUCUGUGGGACGGAUUUCCAACUCUACCAUUUCUCGUGAAGAGGCAGGGAUGCUCGUAAAAGCUUUGGAGUCUGAUUGGGCCGUGCUUGCCGAAGAAAUUGGCCUUUGGAUACCUGUUGAAGUUACGAACGAAGAGCAUAAUGACAAACCUGAUGGCGUAGAGGAUUCAGAGGAGGAAGUUCUUCCUGGCAGGGCCCUUCCACACGAGUGCAAACCCGAACUUCAUACCGAUUAUGAUGGUUCUGCGGUAAAAUGGGGACUGACUCACCACAAAGAUAGUGCAGCUGAUUGCUGUCAAGCUUGUUUGGACCAUGCUAAACGUGCCAAAGAAGGUGAUAAGAAAUGUAAUAUUUGGGUUUAUUGCCCAUCAGAAUUCGGAUGUCAUUCACCAGAUGUCUAUAAGCACAAACAUCAGGAAUGCUGGUUGAAAUAUGCUGAGAAACCAAAACUAAAUUUUAAGGAUAGGUAUCCCGAAUGGUAUCGAAAUUCUCAUCCAUCUGCACCAGUGAUUGUUCCGUGGGCCUCUGGAGUUAUUAGUGCUUGAGGUAAAUAAUCAGCACAGAAAGCGGUAUAGUAGAACGCGGUCAACACGAGGCCCAAGCUACCUUGUAGAUUACAGGCACUCAAAGCUAUCCUUGGCAAAGCCUUUGUCAUGCUUUGUGGAUUAUGCUAUUGUUGUUCAACAUAUUUUUUUGCCAUUAUAGAUUAUUGAAAUGGGGAGUAAAGGAAAAAAAUUGGACAUGAUUUUUGUCAAAGUGCGGUUUAUCGACAGUCCGAGUCUCAUUGUUAAGGAUUUUCAAUGAGAAUGGAUUCUUUAUACAUGUGUAUCUGUAUCAGUUUUUCCCCUAAUACAUGUGUAACAAUGAGUUUUAGAUUAUUGGACGGUGUAAUCGGAGUUUGAUCAUAGAAACAGAUGUUGUCUUUAGAAGUGUUUUGGACAUUGUUAUUUUUGCGUUUGUAUUCACUAAAAUGUGAAACGAACACGCCCUUAACUGAUGAGGAAAUUGUUUUGUUGUGUGAGCUAUCAUGAUUCAUUGUAUCUCUGGAUUUUAAGUUCAUAUUCAUAUUAUAAUUCAUGUUAAA